UCCAGCGUCUUCUCCGCCCAAAGCCAACAAAUUUCUUCUGCCGUCGCAUUUCAAAAACCCAAAUCCCCAAACCCUCGCAGCCGGUUCCGUCAGCGGCGGCCACCUGCCCCCAUGGACGGCGGUGACCACGGGCACCGGUGCAGGUGUCCCCAUGGACCGCGGUGCACUUGCGGACCGCGCCAUGGAGGCCUCGCGGCGGCGGCCCUGGACCCCCGUGUGCGGGCCUUCCCCAUGGACGCCGCGACGCAGGCCAUGUAUCGGGAGCACGGCAUGGACCCGGUCACCCUCGAGUCCGACGUCACCACCGCCAUGACCUUCCUCCACUAUGUCCUCCCCAAGCCUUCCCUCUCCAACCGCGCCGCCCUCUCCGCCGCCUUUCUCCCGCCCCAGGACGACGGCGGCGUCGACCGCAUCAGCGGCAUCCCCGAGGAGCUCCUCCGCAACAUCGUCUCCCGCCUCCCCGCCAAGGACGGCGCGCGCACCGCCGCGCUGUCCUGCCGCUGGCGCCGGGUCUGGCUCUCCACCCCGCUCGUCCUCGUCGACGCCGACCUCCUCCCCGCCGGAUGCGGCUCCAGCCUGCGGGUCGAGCGCGCCCACGCGCAGCGCGUCGAGUCCGCCAUCACCCGCAUCCUCGAGGCGCACCCGGGGCCCUUCCGCUUCGUCCACCUCAUCUCAUGCCACAUGCAGGAGACCCCCGGCCUGCUCGCGCGCUGGCUCCAGCUCCUCGCCGUCAAGGGCAUCCGGGAGCUCAUGCUCGUCAACCGCCCGUGGCCGCUCGACAUGGCCCUCCCCGCCACCUUCUUCGGCAUGGCGACCCUCACCCGCCUGUACCUUGGCACCCUUGCCUUCCCUAACACGGCCGACCUCCCGCGCGGAGUGUCAUUCCCACACCUCCGCGAGCUGGGCCUCUUGGGCAUGGCCAUUAUGAACCGGGACAUGGACUUCGUCCUCGCCAGGAGCCCUGUGCUGGAGAUCCUCUGCAUCCAAGCCAACGUUCUGCUCAAGUGGCUCAGCCUCGUCAGCCGCAGCCUCCGGUGCGUGCAGAUCAUAGAAGGCAUCGAUCUGAAUAUCGUCGUCAAGAACGCCCCUAGCCUUGAGAGGGUCAUCAUCUGGACAUCAUCGGCCCGCGAUGGCCUGCACAGGAUGGUCAAGAUCGGCCAUGCCCCUGCGCUGAGCUUACUUGGCUACUUGGAGCCGGCACGACACCUGCUAGAGAUCGGCAACACCAUCAUCAAGGCUGGGACGAAGGCAAGCCCAAACACCACGGUCCCGAGCGUUAAGAUCCUCAGCUUAAGAGUGUGCUUUGGUGUCCGCAACGAUGCUAAGAUGCUGCCGAGCUUCCUCAGAUGCUUUCCCAACGUCGAGAGGCUACAUCUCGAGUCCAAUGAGACUGAUGAGCCCACAGGCAAGCUCACACCUUAAGCUGAUGGUCUUCUACGCCUUCCGAGGGGAGCGUGGCGAGCUCUCCUUCCUCAAGUUCGUCCUGGAGAGCGCUCGGAUGCUGACGAAGCUGGUGAUUGUGUUCUGCAAAGGGAGCUUCACUUCCAUGGACGAGGCCAACUCCAAAGUGAAACCUCUGUUCGACGCAAGAUGGGCCAGCCGAGGCUGUUCGCUGGUGCUCUUCGAGAGUCCACUCGUAACGGGAGAUGACAAGUGGGUGCUGAACUUCGAGAGAGGAUCUGAUUUCUCUACCACGGACCCGUUCGCGUGCACUGCUGCUCUUCAGGGCUGCGUCGUCUGAGGAGAAGGCCGGUGUUAACUGAGACUUGGAGAGAGGUUUUGGUUUUUGUACGAGGGGCCCUUUUGAGUUCAUCAUCAGACCAAGCUUAAUUUAUAUUACAUGAACAAAAAACAUGGUUUGUGCUCUGUUGCGGUGUCUACCUGCAAGGCACUGUUUUGAUUCUUAAGCUUGGGUUGCUGAAACCUACAAUUUCUGCUGAUUGUGUUGCUGAAUGCUGGCAGACAGAGAUAUAUUCGUGGGCCAUUUCAUG